AUGAUGCGUCCACUCUCACUUGUGUGGUGGGCUAUCUUCGUACUCCUCGCUGCUACAGGCGCAAAUUGCUCGUACGUGCUGGAGCUUGUCCAGGUGGUUCAUCGUGGUGGAAUCACCCCGCCGCCCGUCGGAACACCCGAUCGCGAAAAACUAUGCAGCCCCGACAGCGGGAGCAGUUGUGCCGCCAUCGCAAAUCAUGGCGUGCAACAGCUUAUCGACAUGGGUGCCUACAUUGAGAAACUUUACAAAAAUGAUGAUGAAACAGAAGGGGCCAAAGCAUGGUUGGGCUCCACAUAUGAUUCGGCCGCUGUGUACACUCAUUCCUUUGCUGAUCCCGCACUGGUGCAGGCUGCAACAGCUUUACUGAAGGGUAUAUACGCCGAGGAGCAGGGUAAUAUCACACCUGCAGUGAUUUCAGCACCUCCCGCGGAUGAUACGCUACUCAAUGUUAAUGCUCUCCCUUCGUUUGUCCUCGGGAACGAGGCAAAAGCGCAGCAUUUCAAUAAGACAAUGGAAGAAGCUGUAGACGAGCAGUUCCCCGACAGCAGUGUUAUUGGUACGAUGGGGAGGGAGGUUGGGUUAAGCGAAGCGUGUUCGUCAGCCGACAACCGUGUUUGGUGCUGCCACCGUCUGCAGCAACUCGCAACGAUGUACUCUGCAAUGAAGGAUGGUGGUAGUGGUGCGCCAACGGUGAUGGAAAAUGUGGGACGACUGGAUGCUGUUGCAACUGUUCGCUCCCAUACGCUUUACGGUUACUCUACUGAGGAUGAACUGGCGAAAGCCCGUGGGAGCCUUGGACAACCAUUGGCACAGGAACUUCUUUUGGGAAUGCGUCGCAAGAUGUUGCAAAAGGAUGAUGUCAAUUACAACACUCACAAAGUAAUGCAGUAUGUUCACAACACUCCAAUCCGUACUACUGUUGGGUACCAACCAACGGACCUAGUGCCAGUUGCUGAAACCUUUCUUAUUGACCUUCUCCGUGACGACACUACGGAAGUGUACUUUGUACGCCUACGCCACGCUGUUGUGAAAACGGAGCCCGCUGCCAUGCCGUCAGCCGCUGACUUCCCGUUUCGAUGUGUCAAUGCUGCGGGGGAUUCGAGUGGGGUAAAGUCAAAGGAUGGCUUCAUUUGCCCCUUCGAUGACUUUGUGCGCUUCGUGGACAGCAGCAAGGGUACAGGUGCUGGCGGUGCCAUUUGUCAUUUAGACACCAGUACGGCAGAUAAUUUACAGUGUAGUGUAGUGGGUCCGCCCACAUCACCACAGUGUGAGCGUUACCGGAGGCUGUGUCCACGCCUGGCAUGCCCGGAUGGCCACAUUUACGACGUGGUGAGUGGUAUGUGCACAUCUCUUUAUGCGGAUGAAGCGAUUCUCACAGGUGGCGUUGUUGCGUCCCUCUGUAUCGCUCUCUUAUUCUCGGGGGUGAUGCUCGGCAUUAUCAUGGUUGAAAUGUACCCGGUGAUGUUUAAACAAAAGAUGGCUGUCUAA